AGAGUAGAGUACGUAGCUAUUGUCUGUCCUACUUAAACUCGUUUACACUACAGGCAACUUCUCCUUUUCAUUUUAUAUUUUUCAAUUGAUCAUCCUCUUCAACUCCUUCAAGCCAACGCUGCAACUGAUCCCGCCCGCAGUUGCUGCUUCUGCUCAGAGCCGUGUUUGCUGCAGCUCCAUAUUUCAUAUCUGGUUCAACCCCUAAUUACCAGUAACAUGGCAUCAACUCCAAUCACCAAGUUAGCUCACUUACAAAUCCCACUUGAAGAAGUACUCAAGGCCACCAACAACUUUCAUGAUGAUAACAUUAUCGGAGGCGGUGGAUUUGGACGAAUAUACAAAGGGCAACUCCAGCGGUCUGGAGAGUUGAUCAAGAUUGCUGCGCUGAGGUUAGAUCGUAAGCAAAGGGAAAGAGACCUGGAGUUCUGGACGGAAAUUUCAAUGCUUUCUGAUCUGAAGCAUACAAAUAUUGUCUCUAUUGUUGGAUUUGUUUAUGAAAAAGAUGAGAAGAUCAUCGUAACCAUGUAUGAGGCCAAAAAAGGAAGUCUCCAGGAGCAUCUAAAUAAGCCCAACCUCACAUGGACGCAAAGAUUAAAGAUAUGUGUUGGUGUGGCUCGUGCGUUGAGUUACCUCCAUCAUGACAAGGGACGUAGCUAUGGUGUUAUACAUCUUAAUGUCAACAGCUCCACAAUUUUAUUAGAUGAGAAUUGGGAAGCCAAGUUAUCCGGUUUUAAAGUUUCCAUCAAACAACCACUUAACCGAAUGGACCGGGUGUUCCUUUCUAAGCCUAUUGGCACUAUAGGGUAUAUAGACCCAGAAAUUGUAAAGAACAAAGGUGUGACCCACAAGUCAGAUAUCUACGCAUUCGGUGUGGUUUUGUUUGAAAUGUUGUGCGGGAGGAAAGCAUAUAUUAAGAACCACGCUAAUAGCUUUCUAGAUCGAUUGGCGAAAGCUCAUUAUAAAGAUGAAACGCUCCAUGAUAUAAUUCAUCCUGAUCUAAGGAGUCAAAUGUCCCCGUAUCAAAUGUCAGUGGUAUCAUUUAGAAAAUGCUCAAAAAUAGCAUAUUCUUGCUUAAUGGAAGAUAGGGCAUACCGCCCAGAUAUGCCCAAAAUUGUUGAAGAACUCGAGAAAGCAUUGACGCUAGCACUGAAGUUUCAGCCACGACCAGAAAAUUUUGGAAAGAACUUGGAACACUUGAAGAUUCGGCUUGAUGAUAUAAAGUUGGCCACAAGUAACUUUUCAGAAACAUACAAAUUUAGUAAUAGCAGUCUCUAUACUUGGUACGCAGCAGACGUCAGUCGUUUUGAUAAAGGAAACGCUUCCUCUGCCACACAUAAUUUUUCAGACACAUACAAAGUCAAUUUUGACAGGCGCUAUAGUUGGUAUGCAGCAGAUGCAAACCAUUUUGAUAGAGGAAACCCUUCCUCCACAGAAGGGAAGAGCAAAACUGAACUAUCCAAGAUAGACAACAGUGUAGUUGUAAAACGCUUCCUUCCUAAUAAUGACGAUUACGAAGAAGAUUUCUUUUUUACAGAACUUGUAGUGCUUACUAGUGUUAAGCAUCACAACAUAGUCACUUUAAUAGGAUUUUGUGUUGAAGGUUUUGAGAUGAUACUUGUCACAGAGAAAUUUUCUAAUCGAUACCUUUCCGAUCAUUUGGGAAACGUCAAUGCCAUGUGUAUAUUGACUUGGGAAAAACGUUUGAAAAUUUGCAUUGACAUUGCACGGGCAUUGGUUUACCUUCACUCUGAGAUGGAAGACAAAAAGGGAUAAUACACAACUAUAUAAGUGGCGCAAGAUUUGCGUUGGACGAGAAUUGGGGGGCAAAGAUUGAAGAUUUUGAGUUGGCGGUAUUUCUACCUCCAAAUAUAAAACACGAGUUGCUCUGCAACAAAGAAUAAGUAUGGAGUUAUCAUUCCAUGUGGAUCCGGAAUAUAAGAAGAGUCAUAAGGCAAAAAGAGAGUCAGAUGUGUAUAGCUUUGGAGUAGUUUUGUUAGAAAUACUCACCGGAAGGCAUGUUUUUGACAGUAAUUACAGUACAAAGAGUCAUAAAGGGUUGGUUCAUGUAGCAAGACGAAACUUCCUCAACGGAACAAUGGAGGACAUGAUAGAUCCUACAUUAAAGGAAGAGACCAACAAAAAGAGUUGUAUUCCGAACAGAGGAGCCAACAAGGAUUCUUUGCACACAUUUAUAAAAAUUGCAAACGAGUGUAUAGAAGAGACUCAAGACCAACGUCCAACAAUGAAAGUUGUCCUAAAGGAACUAGAGAGAGCAUUGUUCAUUCAAGUACAUCAGGAGGAGCCAAUACAACAACUGGAUAAGGACAACAGACUUAAGAUAACAACUCAAGAGAUCCCGGAGAAGGGAGUACAGCGCCCAAAUAAGAAGACACCACUUGAACUUCUGUACAUAAAGGCAGUAAUGUUGACUCGCUUGAAACACUUAGAGAUUCCUCUCACCCAAAUUCAAUCAGCAACCAACAAUUUUUCAGAGGCAUACUUGGUUAAAGUUCUCUUUGAUGGCCAUAGAUUGUACAGAGCAGAUAUCGAGCAUUUUGAUGAAGAAAAUGGUUCAUCCAAGAGACGCAGCACUGUGAUUAUAAAACGCUACCCUAUGGAAGAUGACUUUCAUGAUGAAGUAUUGUUUCUUAAAGAAAUUACCAUUCUUGGCACUGUUAAGCAUCCCAACAUAGUCACGCUACUUGGAUUUUGUCUUGAAGCUUCUGAGAAGAUCCUUGUCAUUGACAAUUUUUCUAAUGAAUUCCUUGGUGAUUAUCUGGUAAACUUGAAAGAUAAACGUGUUUUGACUUGGGAAAAACGCUUGAAAAUAUGCAUUGAUGUUGCACACGCAUUAAGGCACAUUCACACUGCGAUGGAACACGGAAUAAUAAAUGGUGACAUAUGGAGCUACAACAUUUGUUUAGACGAGAACUUGGGGGCAAAGAUUGUUAACUUUUGGAUUUCUGAGUUCCUGCCUCCAAAUCAAGAAGACCACGGUACCGAUAUCAACUGGAGUGGCAGACAAGCCUACACUGAUCCAGAUAUUAAGAAGACUCAUAGGUUAAAAAGAGCAUCAGAUGUUUAUAGUUUUGGAAUAGUCUUGUUUGAAAUUCUAUGUGGAAGGUUAUGCAUGGACCCAGGGUACGCCCAUGUAUUCAUACAAGGUGCCAGGAGGGGAACGCUAGACGUCAUCGAUCCUAUAAUAAAGGAAGAAACAGAUGAAAACAUUUUUGUUCUAAAUAGUGGACCUAACAAGGAUUCUUUGCACACGUUUAUCGAAAUUGCACACAAGUGUCUAGAGCAAACUCAAGACCAACGUCCAACAAUGAAAGUUGUAGUCGAGGAACUUGAGAAAGCAUUACUCUUCCAAAAAGACAACAAGGACAACCCCAGAAUGUUACUUGAAGACAUAAAACGGGCGACACAAAACUUCAGUAGUGUCAAUUUCAUUGGGAGAGGAGGAUUUGGGAGUGUAUAUAAAGGAAACCUUCAAGAUGAUGAUGGUUUUAAAACCAUUGUUGCAAAGCGGUUGGAUACGAAGUUUGGUCAAGGGGAACAACAAUUCUUGACUGAGCUCCAAAUUCUUUUGGAUUAUAAGCACCAGAAUGUCAUUGGUCUUGCAGGCUACUGUGAUGAAAAUGAUGAAAAAGUCAUUAUCUAUGAGUAUUUGUCCAGGGGAAGUCUUGAUAGGUAUUUGAAUGAUUCUUCUCUUACAUGGGUGAAACGGCUUAAUAUAUGCAUUGAUGUUGCAAGAGCGUUGGAUUUCUUACAUGGAGGAGUUGGAAAACAAGCAAAGGUGAUACAUAGGGACAUCAAAACUGAAAAUAUCCUGUUAAACGAUGAUUGGAAAGCAAAAUUGGCUGAUUUUGGGCUUUCACUAAUAUGUCCAAUAAAUAAGGAAACAGACUAUAUCAUCGAUCACGCGUGUGGCACAGAAGGAUACGUGGACCCACUUUAUAGACAAUCAGGAUUCCUAACCAUAGAAUCUGAUAUUUACUCGUUUGGUGUUGUAUUAUUUGAGAUUUUGUGCGGAAGAUCAACGUUUGCAAUCCGCAAACAUGAGGGAGACUAUCUACCGGAUUUCAUUAGAAAAAACUUUAAAGAAGGAAAGCAUGCCGAGGUGGUGUUCAAUCAAAUAAGGGAACAGAUCGUGCAUAAAUCAUUGACUACAUUUCAAGAGAUUGCCUACCAAUGCUUACAUCAUGAGAGAGAAAAAAGGCCGACAACAAAAGAAGUUCUAAAGGAACUUAAGAAGGCACUAAAAUCUCAAGAGGAGCAAGUACAAGGCCAACAACAUAUGAAACUUCAAUUGUCGGAUAUAAUUCCUGUACACUCCUUGGAUAGAGAUGAGGAAGGAAGUAGCGGACCCAAUGAUGACACUCUGCCGGAAACAGAUGGGGACAUACCGCAGCUCUCCAACGAAGAUUCUAUAGAUCAAGAUUACUUAGAUCUUCUUUUCAAAUUAAUAAUAGAAUCCAACAAAGAUUCUAUAGAUUCUGAAACAGGAAAGCAAGUUCAACAUCCAGAGUUAUCCAAGCACACAGAGCAGGAUCCUGUUUCUCCCACAGAUCGUAAAGCCACAAGUAUCUUGCCGGGAAGCAAGCAGCAGGUUCUAAAGCACCUGAAACAGGAUGUGAUACUCGGAGAUCAUCAGGUAAGAGUGCUCAAGGAGGAGUUGCACAAGGUGGAGAUGGCAAACAAGUCACGUUUAGCACUCAUUCAAGCAUUGGAAGAAGACGAAGAAGAUGAUGAUGAUGAUCAUAAGCAUUGGAAGAAGAAGAAGAUGAUGAUGGUCAUCAUCAUCAUAUUUGGUAUGAUGCUGGUGAUGAUUCUCUUCUGGAACAAGUUUAGCAUGUUUUUUAUUUGAUAUGAGAUGUUCGUUGACUGUUUUCGUACUUUUUUUUGCAACACUUUUUCUGGUUGAGUUCAAUUGGAAAUGGGUUUGCCUCAA